AUGCCUCCCUUCGCUAAACCCGAGACCGUCCUCAAGCGGUCCGAGGAGCUCAUCAAUGUCGGCCAACACCAGGCCGCUUUGGCUGCCCUCAACGAGAUCUUCACCUCUCGUCGAUUCAAGCAGACUCCUCUUCAGGCGCUUGAACCCAUCAUGAUCCGAUUCGUCGAUCUCUGUGUCGACUUGAAGAAGGGUCGCAUGGCCAAGGAGGGUCUCAUGCAGUACAAGAACGUAUCCCAGAACACCAACGCUCAGUCCAUCGAGCUCGUCAUCAAGCACUUCAUCAAGCUUGCCGAUGCCAAGGUCGUCGAGGCUCAGUCCAAGGCAGACGCUGCUGCUGGCGAGGUCGAUGUCGACGAUCUCGAGGAGUCCGAGACUCCCGAGAGCAUGCUCCUCGGUUCCGUCAGUGCCGACCAGAGCAAGGACCGUACCGACCGUGUCCUCGUCACUCCUUGGCUCAAGUUCCUCUGGGAGGCCUACCGCACUGCUCUCGACAUUCUUCGCAACAAUGCUCGUCUCGAGGUGCCCUACCAGCAGAUUGCCAACCAGGCCCUCAAGUUCUGCCUUCAGUACGAGCGCAAGACCGAGUUCCGUCGUCUCUGUGAAGUGCUCCGUCAGCAUCUCCAGAAUGUCGCUCGCUACUCGCACCACGCCCACGCCAUCAACCUCACCGACCAGGACACUCUCCAGCGUCACCUCGACACCCGCUUUGCUCAGCUCAACGCUGCCGUCGAGCUCGAGCUCUGGCAGGAGGCCUUCCGCUCCGUCGAGGACAUCCACAACCUCCUCACCAUGGCCAAGAAGGCGCCUCGCCCCGCCAUGAUGGCCAACUACUACGAGAAGCUCGCCCGUAUCUUCAUGGUCUCGGACAACAACCUCUUCCACGCUGCCGCUUGGAACCGAUACUACGCCCUCGCCCGCUCCAUCGCCAAGUCGGACGAAGAGCAAACUCGCAUGGCUUCCUACGUGCUCAUCAGCGCCCUCGCCGUCCCUGUCAUCUCUUCCAACGCUCCCGGCACUGGCAACCUCAACAAGACCAAGUCUGACUUCCUUCAGGGUGACCAGGAGGGUCGAAGCCGCACCGGUCGUCUCACCUCGCUCCUCGGUCUCAGCCGAACUCCCACCCGUGCUGGUCUGCUCAAGGAGGCUCUCAACCGUGACAUCCUCAAGAAGGCUCGUCCCGAGCUGCGUGAGCUCUACAACAUUCUCGAGGUCGAGUUCCACCCUCUUUCCAUUUGCGCAAAGAUCGAGCCCAUCCUCGCCUCCAUCUCGCAGGAUCCCGAGAUGGCCAAGUACGUCAAGCCCCUUCACUCGGUCGUCUUGACCCGUCUUUUCCAGCAGCUCAGCCAGGUCUAUGAUGCUGUCAAGCUUUCCAAGAUCAUGCAGCUCGUGUCUGCCUUCAAGGCUCCUCACAGCUACACGCCUGCCGAGAUUGAGAAAUUCUGCUUGAACGCUUGCAAGAAGGGUCACCUCAACAUCCGCAUUGACCACGUGGCCCAAGCCAUCACUUUCCAGGACGAUGUCUUCUCCACCGAUGCUCACCCUGCCGCUUCCACUUCUUCGGAAGCCGACAACGUCCGAUUGCAGGCCACUCCCUCCGAGCUGGUCCGCACUCAGCUCAGCCGACUUGCGACGUGCCUCGACACCACCAUCAAGACCAUCGACCCCAGCAUCCUCGCCAAUGCCGAGGCUGCCAAGCGCGAGGUCUUUGCUCGUGCCGUCGCCGCCGCCGAGGACGAGCACAAGGCUGCCAUCGCCCGCAAGGCGAUCCUCGCUCGCCGCAAGGAGUUGCUCGAGGAGAUGGCCACCCGCAAGGAGCGCGAGGAGGCUGCUGCUCGCACCGAGCGUGCCCGUGCUGCUGCCGAGGCCGAACAGAAGCGCAUCGCCGAGGAGACCAAGAAGCGCGAGCAGGACCGCAUCAACAAGGAGCUCGAGGCUGUGCGCAUCGAGGAGGCCAAGAAAAUGGCCAAGUCGUUGCAGGAGCGCGGUGGUCUCAAGCUCAGCGAGGAGGAGCUCGCCAACAUGGACACCAACAAGCUCGUCCAGAUGCAGGUCGAACAGAUCGAAAAGGAGAAGAAGGAGCUCGCCGAGCGUUUGCGUCUCAUCCACCGCAGGAUGGACCACCUCGAGCGUGCCUACCGUCGCGAGGAGGCUCCAUUGCUGUCUGCUGACUACGAGCGACAGAAGGAGGAGGAUCUCAAGUACCACAAGGCGGCUCGCAUCACUUUGCUGCAGACCUCCAAGGAGAAGCACGUUGCCGAUCUCGAGAUCAAGAAGCGUCUCACCAAGAUUCUGCCGGACUACCAGCAGCUUCGCUCGAUCAUUGAGGAGAAGCGUCGUGGCGAGUUCGAGGACCGAAGGAGGAAGGCGACCGAGCAGAUUGAGCUCGAGAAGGAGAAGCGUCGCCAGCAGGUCCGCGAGGAGAGGAGACGCGAGCGACAGGAGGCUGAGGAAGCUGAACGUCGUGCUGCCGAGGAGGAGGAGCAAGAACGCGUCCGUGCUGAAGAGGAGGAGCGUCUUGCUGAGCAGCGUCGUGUCCAGGACGCCGAGCGUGCCGAACUCGAGGCCAAGAAGCGCGCCGAGAUCGAGGAGCGCAUGGCCAAAUUGCAAGCGCAGGCUGACAAGCAACGACAGCGCGAAGAGGAGGCCGAGGCGAACCGUGCUGCACGUGUUUCCGGCGGUGCGCCAGGUGCCGCCCGACAAGAGUCGCCCGCCCCCGCCGUCAACGGUGGCGGAUGGCGCUCUGCUGGCGCCGCCCGCGCUGCUGCUGCUCCUGCUGCCCCUGCGGCUCAGGCCGAGUCCCAGCGCCCAUCCAUCUUUGGCGCUGCUCGUGCUGGCGGUGGUGGUGGAUGGCGUGAGCGUGAGGCUGCUCGGAAGGCUGCUGGUGGCGAUGCCCCUGCUCCUGCUGCUGCCCCUGCCCCCGCUCCUCAAGCUGCUCCUCAGGCUGCCGCUCCUCCCGCUUCGGGCGCUUACCGACCUGGCGCGCUUCGCGGUGCUGCUGGCGGAGGCGCCCCUGGUGGUGGAUGGAGAGAGCGCCAGGCGGCCAAGGAGGCUGCCGGCGGUGGCUCUCCCGCCCCGUCUGCUGCUCAGGCUCAGGCACCCGCCCAGCCCCGCGCUUCGGACAACGACGGCUUCACCGAGGUCAAGAAGAGCGUCUACCGCCCUCCUGGACGUCGUGCUUAA